CAAUCACGCUGGCCGUGGCGCGCCUCGCAUUCAGUGCGUUCCGCUCCGAGACGCGCUGCAUACCGCCAGACUCCGGAGUGAGUGACCGGCUCCAGCUCUCCCUCCAUCACCUGUGUUCAUGUCAACUCACCGGACACUUCUAUGUCCAGCCGUUCUCCUGAAAUAUUCUGCUGAGACUCCAACUCUGGGAUAUUUGCUUUUCCUCCCGCUCGGACUGCGCGCUCUCUGAACUGGAAAUUAAGUGGAUAGAGAUCCAAGUAAACACUCGCACAGAGGGACGUUUGGUGUAGACUUGAACCCCCCCCUAGAACCCCCCCAAAAAAAGGAGGAAUACCGCGUGAAAAUCAACUCCAUCAUGUGCUGCCCGGUCUUGUGGAACGCGUUGGCUUCUUUGCUGCUGGUGCUGUUGUCUAAAGAGUCCCACGUCCACGGAGCAGAAUACGGACACCUGCCGGACAACAUCACGGUUUUGGAAGGGGAAAGCGUCACUCUGAGGUGUCGAAUCGACGAGGAGGUGACCCACAAGGCCUGGCUGAACCGCUCGCACAUCCUGUUCACUGGAACGGACAAGUGGUCGCUCGACAAACGUGUGACGCUGCUAAACAGCAACAACAGCGACUUCUCCAUUCACAUCGACAAGGUGCAGGUGACGGACGAGGGUCCCUACACCUGCACCUUCCAAGCUAACAACAAGCCCAGAAUCGCCAACGUCUACCUCAUCGUCCAAGUGCCGGCCAGAAUUGUCAACAUCUCCAAAAACGUGUCGGUGAAUGAAGGGGAGAACGUGAACCUCUUCUGCCUGGCGGUCGGACGUCCCGAGCCCACCGUCACCUGGAAGGACCAGAAGUAUGGCCUUGUGAGCGAGGGGGAGUUCCUGGACAUCACGGAGAUCAAGAGGCAGCAGGCCGAGGACUACACGUGUAUCACUCAUAAUGGAGUCGCCCCGCCCGACCAGCGCAAGGUCAAGGUCACGGUCAACUACCCCCCCACGAUCACAGAUUUGAAGAACCUUCCAGCGCACCCGGGGAAGACAGCGAUACUGAGGUGUGAAGCCAUGGCUGUCCCUCCAGCCGCCUUUGAGUGGUACAGAGAGGACCACAGGCCUGUGGAGAAUGACAACACCCUGCGGAUCAAGAACGAAAAGACACGUUCGCUGUUGCUCUUCACCAAUGUGACAGAGAAACAUUUUGGCAACUACACCUGCUUCGCCUCAAACCGUCUGGGGGCUUCCAACGCCAGCAUGUUGCUGUUUCGACCCGGGGCGCUACAGGGUCGGGGGAGUGGCCUAAGUGCAGGAAUGAACGUCGCCGUCUGGAUCUCCCUUUCUACUCUACUUCUGCAGAAGAUUUAAAGAUCAAGCACCGACUGGAAUUGUCCCUCCGAGCCCCCCCCCACCUUACUCCCCUUUCCUCCCUCGCCCCCUUUACCGAAGGAAAUGAUAUUCUUUAAUUACGAACCCAUCACUGUGAACAAAAAGAAUAUGCAUUAAUCCGGGAGCCAUCGAUUCCUCGCAUCACGAGCCACACACCACGGCGCGCUCGAUGUCAACGUUGAGGGCCCCUCAUCCUCGCCCUCCCCUCCUUCUUUAUCUCUCUCUCUCUCGCUCCUUUGCAACAUUUUCUUCUCUUUAUUGCCACCGCUGGACAGAUGUCUAUAUAACUGUACUGUAAGUAUUGUGUCGGUGAUCGAUGGGAAAACAGCUACAAACUGGACUAGUGUUCAUGUAAUAUAUACUCCAUGGACUGACCUACAACGUUUGCCUUAUGGAUUUGGAUCAUCAGAAAUCACAUUAUCGUGGUGGAUAUGUAUGAAGUUAUGAUGUAAUGUCAGUGAUCGUGUGACCUUUUGUCCAUUGGGUGGUCAUGCUGAUCCGUCAUACACAGAACACAGGCUUUGUUUUAAAGCAGGGUACCUGCUGCGAAUGAUGUCAAAAUGUUUGACGGGGCGACUGGUUGAGUCAGACUUCACCCCCUCGUGUGGUUGGAGUGAGUGGGUUCCUAUCAGCAAGGAGAAGCCCCUCCCUCUUUUUUCUUUUAUUUCCACCUUCCCUCUGUUUACCGUACUCUGUCAACUUUGGCAUUGGUAUUGUCUUCUUCCUUUCGUGUGCCCUCCCCCCAGUGUAAAUACAGACAGCACAAAGGUCACGCCCCGGUGCUGGAAAACACCCCUCUGAAGCAGCAAGAGACUGUCCAGCGACAACAAGACUUUCUGCUUCACCCUCUUUGUUGCUUGUUGAUAGCAUGUAACGGUUAGAGACGUCCCUGUCGUGAGUCCACACCCCCUCCUCCCCCCUCGCUCCCUAACUUUCCAACUACCCACAGUGUCUGCAAGGUUUUACUUUCUUGGUGUUAAUAGUACUACAGAUGAAGACGACGAUGAUGAUGAUAAUGAUGAUGAUGUUAAUACGUAUUUGAAUAAUUAUGAAUAGUAAUUCCUUGUGUGAAAAAAAAUCAUGAUAUUGAACUGUUUCGUGGGUUUAAAAAAAAAAAAAGUCAUCAGUUUUGUACUUUACUCCGAGAGCUCACAAACAUUGAAUACUUUGGAAAAAAAAACAACAGAAAUGAUGUAAAGUUUUUCAAGUACUGUGCUCUAUUUUGCCAUGAUGAGCUUUUUAAAAACAUUUUAACCAGUCCAAGCGAUGGUCUCAUCCAAGCCAGCAGGCGGUUAGUAAUGUUCAUUUUCUUUUCCCGCAGGGUGUAUUUUCGACUGUUUUGGGCUGUGCCUUGUCACCACUCCAAUUUUUGGUUUCGCUGGACAUCAUUUUUAUUGUUUUUAUUGCAGAUGAAGUCAAUCGUUUUGUCACCCACAUCUGCGCUAAACAGCAAGGGUGGGUUUGACUUCCUGUGUGGAGGUGUGAGGCUCAGAGCCAUAUGGUUUGAGCCAUUUCAGCUCCCGUAGUUUUCAUCAACAAUCCCAGUGUUUGCAUAAUCUCCGCCGUGGGAUAUGAGAAAAGCAGCUUCCCCUAUUUGAUCUGGGUGAAGGGUGUCACUGCCGGAUGUGGUCUGCCGGAACCGGAUGUUAGUAACAGGCAUGCGCAAGUUCUACGAAUUAUGUUUACCGUUUAUAUCGCGUAAAGUUGUGGGUUUUCUUUUUAAAUAAUUGUUAAAACAGACUAUAUUUAACAUUAAAAUCUGGAAAUUAUAGGUUUUCACACGCAUGCGUUAGUUCGCAGUAUUCACCGUGUACGCACAUUUUUAGCGUCAUCACGUCAUCAUGUUGUCACAAUCUAGAUUUAGAAAUUGUUUGUUAGUAUCAGAUAUUCUGGUUUUUUUUAAAUCCAGCAGUAUUGAAUCAAUAAACAUUUCAAGCUCCUCCAAUACAGUUGACCUGCGCAAUGUAUAGCUUUUUGCUUCCAAUACAUUACCAUUAUUGUGUAGGAAACAUUUCUCCUAACAUUUGUUUCACCCAGAUUUAACAGGAGCAGGAGUGAGCGCUUCUGCCCCUGAACCAGGUUUAUGUCCACCGUGGUGCGGCACUUGAGUUUGUUUAUGUUGUUGGCUUAAAAAAAAAAAUAGAAUAUCAAAUAAUAAAAAGCACACAAUUUCUAAAGUAACAAAAACUAUUUUAAUAGGUAAAAAAAAACGGCAUCACCUUUGCGCGAUAUAACCAUGUACGCGUGCGCUUAACAGUAAACGUCUGUCGGUAAAACAUGCGAAUUUCCGGAUGGAGUACGGGAAUAUCCGACGGACCGCAUCAGGCAGGCGGACCAGAUCAGGCAGUGACAAAGUGACCCAGGGUUUUUUGGGAAUAGAAGGUGGGUAGAUGACUAGUGAGCCGAGUCACUAGAUGAACUCUGGUCUGUAAAGUCAGAAUUGAGAUUGAUAACUCCGCACAACCCGUAUGGAAGAGUGAACAUUGCUUGUCAUUGCUUGUUGUUUCUUCAUUUGACUUCCCUUGCUUUCUUUGCGUGGAGAGAUAAAUGAUGCGGAUCGGUGUCGACGGCCGGACGUGACUCUGCUCCGGCCAAAGAGGGAGAUAAACAUCUAAUUAGCUGUUACCUGUGGCGCGCUAAGUGAGGGGGCUCCGGCUGCACCUGUCCCUCCUGCCAGCCGCUGACGGAGCCCAUAAAUCACGCUCAAACCCGCCUCUGACAGGAAUCCUCUUCAAGGACAACCUCGCCACUGAGCACUGCUCCCGGGCCCCAGACGUGGGGAGUGCUAAACCCCGAUGGCACAAUUAUCCCGCCACCCCCCCCCCUCACAGCACAAACAGUGGGAGGCAAGCCUGCGUUCCAAUAUUCUGCCACUGGUUCCUCUACUCAUGCAGUGACUGGAUGCAAAUGUGCGAUAUAAAAAGCCUGCACAGAGAGACCCCCCACCACCCCUGCCGUAAUAUGGAAGAUCUCUUCUCGAUAUGAAUGUUUAUUUGUGUUUAUUUUCUGUUUCGAACCAGCAAUAACCACUAACCGUUCCGUGCAAGAGGUGUCAGAUGUGAAAGUGUGGUGCAACAUCUGAAGACAUGAUAUCAAAUAUGUGUGCUGUUGUUUUAUGACCGUCCACGCGCAUUGCAGCCGAUUUUUAUUUUCAAAUUGGAAAAGAAAGAGCUCAACUUUGGAUUUCUUUUGUGUUCCAUUAUUUUCAUUAAAGCAAAGAAAAGAAUGACUUUCACUUUUCAUUCAUUGUUGCGUAUCAUUUGCUCAUUGGUAUGAUUACUUUCUGUUCCUUGUUUAUGAGAAAUUGAGGUCUGCAUUAAUGAAUAUAUGAUGCUUUCAAAAUGCUGGAAGUUAAGAUGAGUCCAGUUCAGACACAAGUAAGGAGAAAAAAAGGUUAUUGAUGUUUGUUUGUUUGUUUUCUACUUAUUGAACAUUAUUUGAAACAAUGUGAUUCAUAAUAAGAAUAAUUUUGGGUGGUUUACAUGUGUUCGGGGAAAAAAGAAAAAUAUAUGUAUAUAUUACUGUAUCGUUAUAUUGUAUUAUUAUAUUAUUUUUUAAAUAUCAUUAUUUAUUUGUUUUUAUUUUUCCCCAGUUAACAAUUAUAUUAAAUUAUAGGGAAAAUGAGAAUAACUCUCUCUCUCUCUCUCUCUCUCUCUCUCUCUCUAUAUAUAUAUAUAUAUA